AGGGAAACCUUCGACCCGUCCAGGAGUAUACCAGUCAGAAGUACACUGCCUUCACUCAUUUUCUACUCUCUUUCAUUGUAUAAGGAGAGCUGUCAUUUUGAUACCCUUUCUGUUAUUCGAACAUAUACCUUUGUUUUUGCAAGCCUGCAUGUUCACUUGUUACUUGUGACUCGAAUCGUUACUUCACAUUUCAGGAGACUUCUUCCUUCAGAGUAAGUUGGGCCAUUCUCAUACACGCAUUGGUGUCUAUUGCCCCCAUUUAUUGGCUGUCAAUCUGUCUCCGCUAUUUUCUGGAACUCUUCACAGUCACAACGGCUUUUAAUCCUCCCUUGUUCCUGGAUAUCCAAGGAAGCUUCUGAACUAUCAAUCUUCCUCGCCCUUGCAGCGCUACGCAUUAGGUUGUCCGGAAUUCCUUCUCGGGAUCUAAUAACUGCUCUAUAAGGCUCCAAUUUCAAUUGACUCAGUUCCUCGACUUUCCCUCUUUACACAUCCCCUUGUCCCUCUUCAUUCUGGCAGCCGGGACAUUUGAUAUUGGUGUUGAGACUUGGCCUUUGGCACCUUACAGUCCCUCGUGGACCUCGCCUCACACCUUUUGAUUUUCCAACUCAACGAGUUGCACAGUUAUUCAUCUCACUGGCUCUCUUAGAGUUGUCGCAAGCGUCUCUAUAGUCCAGAUCACUAGUACUUCUACCAAACCAAUAUCACGGCUAGUGAGGCUUUCAAUACAUUCUGCACUCACCUCUACAACCACUGAAUUCUUGAAUCAGCACAUGGGAUUAUUGGACACCUGGCUAGCUAUUUAAUCAAAUUAAAGAAUGCAUGUUGUCAAGUCACUGACAUUUGGUUCUGGUUUAGAUUUGUCUGUUAUCAUCUAUUAUCACGUAUAUAAUUCCCAUCUCGGAUACUUAACUUAAAUACCCACUAGACAACAUGGGAGCAACAGUAGCCGAGUUUAUGGCUGCAGAGGCUGAGAAGGACAAAUUAGCAAUCGUCAAUCAAAAAGUAGAAAGUACGAGAGCUUUUAAACCUGUUAGCCUUGACCUUUACUAAUCUGGUGAUAGGUCUCAAUGCGAUUAGCAGCCUCAUCUCGGAGCUUGGUCCGUAUAUAGAUGGCGAGGCAUCGAUGGAAGAUUGCCAAAAAGGUGCAAUUCAUUUGAAAACAUAAUUUUCAAACAUAUUUUAGUGCUGAUUAUGUCCAGGAUUGGAGUUUUUGUUGCUUGUCCUACAAAAUGUCGACCCUGGAAAGCUUUCAAGGCAUGAUUGUAAGCAGUCGAAGUGAUAUAUAUAUAUCAAGUCUAGACGCUAAUAUGCAGCAGUGAGUGCCCUCGUUACUUAUUUAACAAAUCGGGUGUCCCAAGCUGGGGAGGUUCAGAUCUACCGAGCUGGUCUAUCGGAAAUUGCAAAGUGUUUGACCACCAUUGCAAAGAUGCCUAAAUUCAUUAAAUCAAGUGCGCCAGACAUUGCAUUGGCAGUUUUUCGUCUUCCAGAUAACAAACAGUCUCUAAACGACUUUCCCCAUUCUACACGACUAAGCCUCCUACAACUCCUCCAGUGUUUACUAGAACUAUAUCCUACAGCACUUAAGACUUCCAUGGGCAGUGCGUUUAUUAAUGGCAUGGCUUCGAUGGCGGCAGUUGAAAGGAAUCCAUCUUGUAUCCUCGUCAUUUUCAAAAUUUACAGACAAUUAGGCACGAGUUGGGAUAUAGACCCCGACGAGGCCGAAACUAUGUUUAGCUCGUUCUUCCGUUAUUUCCCCAUUACUACCACUAAAUCAGCGACGCCAUUAAAUCCAGAAGAGGACCUCAAAUGCGGUCUUUUGAAUUGUUUAACAUCCAACGAAGGUUUUGCUUCUUUUGUUUUUCCAGCGUUAUUCCAGAAAUUAGACUCUGAAAGCGUUAGGGCAGAUGUCAAGGUAGUAAAUUCGUCUUCCUCAAUAUUCUUACAUGCUAACUUUUUAGAUCGAUGUAUUCGAUGCUAUGCUUGAAUGCAUACGCAACUAUACUAAUGUUUCGGAAUUCUCAACCACAAUAUGGGAUACUCUGAAAUGGGAGGUUUGGAACGGCGAAAAUGAUGAUUUUAUUAAUCGUUCCAUAGAAAAUAUUGCUGCGGUUGCCAGUCAACUAAGCCGACAGUCUUCUAACAUUAAAGACGAUAACGAUAAGUUGGCCAAAUAUGUCAACCAUAUUACUCAAGAAUGCAUUACGAUAUUUACCGACGAUACAAAGAAGAGAAUGAUUCUCCCAUGUGCUCGUAUUCUAAGCAAAAUCGCAAGCACCUCCCCACACGCUUUCGCCCUCACUUUUAAGAACACACUGCCAACCCUUUUCACAUUAUGGCAUCGACUGGAUACUAUAGGCGACAGGGCACGAUUGGUCGCGUCUUUAAACAUCAUCCUUGAAACACGUUCAAACAUUUCAAAAUCCGAGAAUGCACAUGUGGUUUCGGGUACGACCGUCAUGGAUGAAGGUUUCGACGGCUUCCGAGGAAGUCUUGUUGAAAUAUACUUUGAGGAAGAUUUCGACGGCUUCCGAGAAAGUCUUGUUGAACUAUACUUUGGCGCCAUGUCCGGGUCGAGUGAUCUCGAUUUACAGAUUGCCACCACUAAAGGCCUCACACUUUUGGCCACAAUCCGCAACAAUUCCGUGAACCGACCGUUUUUAAAUUCUUUCGAGCAAGGAACAAUUAUUGAAAAGCUCAAUGAGACCGCCUUUGAUAUGAAAGUAGCCGAGGAGCUUCGCACGUUGGCUGUUACUUCCCUUUCCACCUUGUCGGUUCAAUAUCCAGACAAUUUUAUCAAUAUCACGCUUCCAAAUUUUGUUGGAAGACUUCCGGAUCAGUUGAAACCAGAAGAUGAUGACGGGUCUGAUUUCCCCCGCAUAGUCGGGCUUUUGGACUCCCUUGUGGAUAUUGCGUGCAAAUCAACUUGUCAACGUGAAUUGGAUGCCCCCGACUCCGAUUCCAAGCUUCAUUUGAAAUUUAGAUUAUUCACCGCUUUGCAGUCUGAACUGGUGACGAGAUUUACCCAACACGCUUCCAAAAAUGCAGCCCAGAAAUCAUAUCAAAUGGCUAUUUUAGCCGCAAUUUAUCGAGGAUUGCAAGUGUUUGAUGACGCACUUGCCAAUGAUAAGACCAUGGGAGAACUCUCCUCAAACGCCGAAAACACUAUCGAUCCUUAUGCUUUUAUCGCCAUCGCAUUAUUUAAGCGAGUCAUUGGGCUAUUUCAGCAUGAGACUGGCAACUUAAAAGGUAGUUGGUUUGUUGGCAUCUCCGAGGCUGAUAAGGGGGGAUAUUUCGAUGAUUCCGUUGUUGCACUUGUUGGAACAAUUGGGACGUAUAUACUUCGAUCCAAUACCACCUCGCAUGAGAAUAACUUUUUGCUCAAAGCAAAUGCAGAAAAUCCAACUGAGCCAAGUCGAGUUUGGACUUUGUUCAACUUUGGAGCCCACACAAGAGCGGAUCUCGGUGUUUGUCAGCAAGACCUUCGCAGUGGCCCUUUUAACAAAUGUUCCGCCAACAUUCUUUCCACAGCCUUAAUAGCUGGAAUCCGUAAAGAAGUGAGCUCAUUCUGUACUUUUCUCCACAUUAACUUUAGCUGAUUUGUUUUAGGAUGCGGGUUGGUUAGGUCUCGCUGCUCACGAAACCGCCAAGUCAAUGCUUUUGAACGCCAUUUCUGUAGAAAACAACUGUUCAAGACCAGCUCGAGUGAGUAUGUUACAAAUGCUUCAACUCCUUGUCAACAAAUUCGGUGCAGACAAAAAGUCAUUUGAGGAUGGAAAAUUACUUCACGAUGUCAUGCUUCAGCUAGUCAAGGAAGCAAUCUCAAAGCCGGACCCAGAAGCAUACCAAAUCUAUCAAGCCUUGGCUUAUUUUGCUGCUGCAGCAGUGGCAGCAUAUGAGCCAUGCAGUACGGCACUUAUCGACGCCAUGAUGCAAGGCGUUUCUGACCCAAAGCGCGGCCGGAAGAUCGCUCAAAGCUUCGCAAUCCUUCUGGCUCCAUCCAAUAUCAUGAACGGUAGCAACUUUUGUACCCUUCGUCCCCUUCGAUUUGGUCGCCUUUACAGUACCAGCGUUAAUCAACUCAUCGCUCUCUGGCGAUCUAAUGAAAACAGUCGUAUUAAAGAAAACUGCCUCAUUGCCCUUGUUGGUAUUCUUCGAUAUAUGCCAGCAAAGAUCUUGCAGGACAAUGCCGCACAAAUUCUUCCCAUUGCUCUAGCUGGUACCGAUGUCCCAGAUAAAGCCACAAAAGAUGCAGGCAUGAACAUUAUGAUCGUCUUAAUGCCCGAGAAUCCUAGCUUGAUUGAAGAACACCUCGAUUCGAUCAUCAAUCGCAUGACGGAUCGUACCCACAACACAUACGAUUCCCCCUCGGAUGCUACUGUGGAAGCAAGAUCUAAGGCUCUGGACGUACUUGGUAUGCUUCCAACUUUGGUGGAGAAUGGACUUCUCUUGAAGAGAAAAAAUGCUGUGCUGAAGGAACUCGGUAUUGCACUAGACGAUUGUUCUAGAGAGGUUAGGAUGAGGGCUGAUAGAUGUAAAAUGAUUUGGUUCAAUUUGUAAUUUGAGCUUUACACUAGCAUGGAACGGUGUUGAGAGGCUACAUUGGGCUUGUGUCAUUGCAUCUACUUGUUUCGGGCGCAGUAAUGGUAGGCAUGAAAUUGGGCGGUGCGGCUUUCUGAGAUCAGGUGGAUGUUAAAUGAGUAGAUUAUAUCAUUAAAUGAUGAAGUAGAGCAAAAGUGAAUAGGAGAGAUAAAUAGAGAAAAUCGCAGAUCUUAAC